CUCAACGGUUUCCGCAGUCGGUCAGUUCUAAGGCAGCGGACAACAGCACACUCUACCCUCGCCGCAAUGAUUCUGCUCUCGCUAGCCCUGCUGGGGUUGAUCCUGUUCCUGGGACUUCGCUACAUCUACUCGUACUGGGAGCGGCAUGAGUUGCCGCACGUCAAGCCGGAGAUCCCCUAUGGGAACCUCCGCCCGGUGGCGGAACGUCGCGAGUGCUUCGGAGUGGCCAUCUCCGAGCUGUACAAGAAGUCAACGGAGCAGCUGCUGGGGAUCUACCUGUUCUUUGCGCCAGCGAUUAUGGUGCGCGAUGCGCGACUCGCGAAGCAGAUCAUGACGUCGGACUUUGCCAGCUUUCAUGAUCGUGGGGUGUUUGUGGACGAACGGAACGAUCCGUUUUCGGCGAACCUGUUUGCGCUGCCCGGGAAGAAGUGGCGCACGCUGAGGAACAAGCUAACGCCGACGUUCACUUCGGGAAAGUUGCGUAACAUGCUGCCGACGAUUUUGGACGAGAGCAAGCGGUUUCAAGAUUAUUUGACGCGGGUGGUUGGUGAUAAGGGUGAUACGGUUGAGAUGCGGGAUCUCGCUUCGCGGUACAUUGUGGACAUAAUUGCGUCGGUGUUUUUUGGCUUUGAGGCGGACUCGAUGAACGAUCCGGAGCAUCCGUUCCGGGUUGUGGGUCGGGAGGCGGUGGCUGACAGCUUUUCGAACAACAUUAGGAGUGCGGCCACCUUUGUGUGUCCGGGACUGCUGAAGCUGAUCCAGAUUCCAUCGACUCCUCCGAAGAUCUCCGGGUUCAUGAUUGAUUUGGUGAAGCAACAGAUGGAGUACCGCGAGAAGAACAACGUCAGCAGGAAGGACUUCUUCCAGCAGUUGGUUGAUCUGCGCAAGGAAGAUCUGCUCAAGGGGGAAGAUACCAUGAGUAUUGAGGAGUGUGCCGCGCAGGUGUUUUUGUUUUACAUCGCAGGUUCGGAAACGACGUCCGUCACCAUAACGUACACGCUGCAUGAGCUUAGCCAUAAUUCGAAGGCGAUGGAACAACUGGUUGCGGAGAUUGAUGAAACACUUGCGAAGUCCAACGGAGAAAUCAACUACGACAUUGUCAAAGGAAUGCGAUACUUGGAUGUGUGCGUGAAGGAAACCCUCCGGAAGUAUCCCGGGCUGCCAAUCCUCAACCGGGAGUGCACCCAGGACUUCCAGGUGCCACAGUCAAAGGUGGUCAUCAAGAAGGGAACGCAGAUCAUCAUUCCGAUCUCUGCCUACGGCAUGGACGAGCGAUACUUCCCCGAUCCGGACAGCUACAUCCCGGAGCGGUUCUUCGAGGAAAGCAAGAACUACGACGACAAUGCGUACCAGCCGUUUGGAGACGGUCCGAGGAAUUGCAUCGGCAUUCGAAUGGGUGUGUUUGUGGCCAAAGCUGCCCUCAUAAUGCUGCUGUCCAACUUCACCUUUGAGGCCACGCAAGGACCGAAGAUUGAGUUUGCCGCUUCCAGUGUAACAUUGCUGCCAAAGGGUGGUAUUAAGUUUAAGGUUGGCCAGAGGAAGGUCAAGGCUACAUUGAACAAAAACAUUCCCACGCUCAACGGUUUCCGCAGUCGGUCAGUUCUAAGGCAGCGGACAACAGCACACUCUACCCUCGCCGCAAUGAUUCUGCUCUCGCUAGCCCUGCUGGGGUUGAUCCUGUUCCUGGGACUUCGCUACAUCUACUCGUACUGGGAGCGGCAUGAGUUGCCGCACGUCAAGCCGGAGAUUCCGUACGGGAACCUCCGCCCGGUGGCGGAACGUCGCGAGUGCUUCGGAGUGGCCAUCUCCGAGCUGUACAAGAAGUCGACGGAGCAGCUGCUGGGGAUCUACCUGUUCUUCGCGCCAGCGAUUAUGGUGCGCGAUGCGCGACUCGCGAAGCAGAUCAUGACGUCGGACUUUGCCAGCUUUCAUGAUCGUGGGGUGUUUGUGGACGAACGGAACGAUCCGUUUUCGGCGAACCUGUUUGCGCUGCCCGGGAAGAAGUGGCGCACGCUGAGGAAUAAACUCACGCCGACGUUCACUUCGGGGAAGUUGCGUAACAUGCUGCCGACGAUUUUGGACGAGAGCAAGCGGUUUCAAGAUUAUUUGACGCGGGUGGUUGGUGAUAAGGGUGAUACGGUUGAGAUGCGGGAUCUCGCUUCGCGGUACAUUGUGGACAUUAUUGCGUCGGUGUUUUUUGGCUUUGAGGCGGACUCGAUGAACGAUCCGGAGCAUCCGUUCCGGGUUGUGGGUCGGGAGGCGGUGGCUGACAGCUUUUCGAACAACAUUAGGAGUGCGGCCACCUUCGUGUGUCCGGGACUGCUGAAGCUGAUCCAGAUUCCGUCGACUCCUCCGAAGAUCUCCGGGUUCAUGAUUGAUUUGGUGAAGCAACAGAUGGAGUACCGUGAGAAGAACAACGUCAGCAGGAAGGACUUUUUCCAGCAGUUGGUAGAUCUGCGCAAGGAAGAUCUGCUCAAGGGGGAAGAUACCAUGAGUAUCGAGGAGUGUGCCGCACAGGUGUUUUUGUUUUACAUCGCAGGUUCGGAAACGACGUCCGUCACCAUAACGUACACGCUGCAUGAGCUUAGCCAUAAUUCGAAGGCGAUGGAACAACUGGUUGCGGAGAUUGAUGAAACACUUGCAAAGUCCAACGGAGAAAUCAACUACGACAUUGUCAAAGGAAUGCGAUACUUGGAUGUGUGCGUGAAGGAAACCCUCCGGAAGUAUCCCGGGCUGCCAAUCCUCAACCGGGAGUGCACCCAGGACUUUCAGGUACCACAGUCGAAGGUGGUCAUCAAGAAGGGAACGCAGAUCAUCAUUCCGAUCUCUGCCUACGGCAUGGACGAGCGAUACUUCCCCGAUCCGGACAGCUACAUCCCGGAGCGGUUCUUCGAGGAAAGCAAGAACUACGACGACAAUGCGUACCAGCCGUUUGGAGACGGUCCGAGGAAUUGCAUCGGCAUUAGAAUGGGUGUGUUUGUGGCCAAAGCUGCCCUCAUAAUGCUGCUGUCCAACUUCACCUUUGAGGCCACGCAAGGACCGAAGAUUGAGUUUGCCGCUUCCAGUGUAACAUUGCUGCCAAAAGGUGGUAUUAAGUUUAAGGUUGGACAGAGGAAGGUCAAGGCUGCUUAAGAUAGUAACUAAUCCGGUGAUAUUAUUAGUUGUAAAUAUUGAAUAAAGAAAAAUCGUUUCAAUUCCACAAUGUGGAAACGG